AAAACAUCGACUCGCCAUCGCCACCAUCAGAAACAGCCAUCAUUUUUGUGAAGGGUCAUCUUUUUGAUUCGGAAUCGAUCACAGCCUUUCGGGGACGUCGUGAAAGAGUGAAAUCCAAACUCCACCGGAAGUCUCCGCUGAUAAGGAUACCGAUUUCCUAUAAAAUCAGGACACGUUGAAAAGAAAAGGAUCGAACAUAAAUCGGCAGUGCAGCAGGUUACCGAAGAAAAUCGCGUCAUUAGUUGGGCGGAAGAGCACCGAAAAAAGAAGAGCCGAUUGGAACUUUUCUGCUUUUGGAGGAAUAAAUUCAUUUAUAACAUCAGACAAAAUGACUCGUGGUAACCAGCGCGAACUUGCUCGUGAGAGAAACAUGAAGAAACAGCAAGCAGCUCAAAAGAAAAACAAAGAAGACGGAUUGACACAUGAACAGCGAAAGCAACGCGAUGCCGACAUUAUGCGCCAGAAGCAGCAGAAGAAGGAACAGGAUCAAGCGACCAAAGCCAAGAGUUAAUAUACACUACCGACCAGCAGCAAUCAAUUCAUCCUGAGCUAACCGAAGAAAUCCCUUCUUUUAAAGUGAAACAACACAAGCGGUAAAAAAAUGCAGUUUAAAAUCACCGUCACUACUUUCUCUCCACUCACGCUAGAAAGCACUUGACCCCUUUUCUACGAAUAUGUUAGUGACGAAUGAUCGUUUUGCAAUAGAAUUAACAACUUGCGUUAAGUAAUAAAAUCUUUAGUAAAAUAUUUCUACAUAAA